UAUUGUACUGGCCUUACCGUCUGGUGCUAUAAAACAUCUUGAGGGUUAUUUAAAAAAGUAGUUUUGGUGAGGAAACACUCUCGAAAGCUGGAAUAUGGUUGCCCAAAGAAGCUUCAAUCAGCAUUGUAUCUGGCUGUGGAUAUUGUGCUCCUGUAUUACUUUCCCAUCUGGAUUGAGCAUCCCAGAUCCAAAGGCCGCUAUCACCCGCUUUAUGUCGUACAACGAAACCAACGAUUUCAUGUUCACACUAGCACGCUUGUUUCCGACUAGAGUCCAGGUGAAGAGUAUUGGCCUUACUGCCGAGGGUCGCGACAUCAACAUGAUCGCCAUCAACUAUUUAGCGCCGAAAAAUGUAACGAUAGUAGCGAACUUAAAUGCCCGAGAAUGGGCCGCUAUGACAUCGGUGGUAUAUUUUAUCGUAGAAAUCGUUUACAGACCACAAAAGUAUCCCGACACACUCCAUCUUCGGUGGAACAUUAUACCGAUGGCCAAUCCGGAUGGGUACGAGUACACGAUGAACCAGAACCGGUACUGGAACAAAAACCGAUCGCCACAAUCGGACAGAAGCUUUGGUGUUUAUUUGAAUGCCAACUUUGCAUAUCUGUGGCAGAAUUCUAAACCGAAUGCUCCGUCGGAUGAUUUUUACCGUGGUCCGGGACCAUUUUCGGAACGUGAAUCGAAUGCAAUCGGUGGACUGCUGUCCAGUACGAUCAAUUCCACCAUUCUCUAUGUGGAUGUACAUUCAUCGGCCCAAAGCAUAUUCUAUCCGUGGUCCUACACCGAGCAGCCCGCCGCGAACUUGAAUAAAAGCAGGUCCAUCGCUCAAGCUGGAGCAAAAGCGGUGAAAGCAAAGUUUGGCAUCAUCUACGACAUUGGCACAUGGCCGGAGCUGCGACAUUACGAGCUGUACGGCACCAGUGUUGAUUAUUGCAAUUCUUUGUCGAUAAAUGCGUGCAUGUGGCUAGAUAUAUCGAAGAAUGGGUACGAACUGGAGGUUGAUAGCAUCCGCGAAUAUGGGGAACAAGCUGUGGAAGCAUUCAGUGGGAUGGCCAAACAGGCGGAAAUGUUUUCCUUAUCCUAGACUUAUAUUGCAUUUUAGUAUAUGAAAAUAUAAAAAAUAUGGCUUCAAAUA